GGCGCCCCGGUCUCCCCGGAAGUGCGUGCGGCAGCUCCGCCCCUAGGCUCCGAGCAGAGGUGGAAGCUGGUGCGGGGUGCUGGAGGUGAAGCUCCAGCGAGUCCUGGAUCCUCUGAGGAAGGCGAUGGAGAGGGCCCUGGCAAUGGAGUCCAAGGAGAAGGACAGCACCGCGGCGUGGAAGAACAAGGUAAAGCGACGGAGAGAGAGAAUCAAGUCUGAGUGCAAGAAGCUGCGUCGCUUUGUGAGCGAGGAGGAGCAGCGGCUUCUGCAGAGACUGAAGGAGGAGGAGAGCGAGACUCUGCGGAGCCUGAAGGCGAACGUAGCCCAACUCUCCCGGCAAAGCUCCUCUCUGUGCACGCUGAUCUCGGAAAUAAAGGAAAAGAGCCGGCAGACACCUGCUGAGCUGCUGAAGGUGAGCGUGUGCUGCUGAUCCGGCCCCUCAAUGCUGCUGCCGUCUGGCA